GUUCAACCCAAGUGACCGCAAGUGAGCUGAAGUGACCGCAAGUGACCCCACCUGAGUUUCCCGUUUCUUUUGACAGAAAGUGGAGCGGGCAUGCGCCAUGCCGCUUUGCGCAGUUUGCCGCUGCUAGCAGCUUCCAUCGCUUUUGCUAACGUUCAGACACCAGCCAGGCGAUUCCUGAUGCACAAGGCGUAUGAAAUGCAGGAACUUGGCCCAAAGAUGGCCAAGGACGACGCGUACGCCACUGCCGUGCGCUCGGCGUGGGAAGCAGAUAGGACUAGACAACAGGUGAUCGAAAGACCAGGUGUGGAGCCUUUGGUGUACCACGAUGAGGAGAGGGCGUUCUGCGGCUACAUGGCCGGGUUGUUCGACCAGACACCGCGAACGGGGCUGGGGUGGUACUCGUGCACACAGCAGUCGGACCUCGGGAUUUGUACCUGCAUUGGCGCGCGGAAGUGCUUGCUGCGCGUGGCUUCACUGUGCUGAUUGCAGACCUCUUGGGUGAUGAGCACGGAGAGGGCUGGGAGCCCGCAUGGAAUGCGCAAGCUCGGGAGCCACUGAAUGAUAGAGAGCGAUGCCGCAGAAGGAUGCAAGCUUCCGUGGCAGCGCUGGCGCAAGUGCCAGGCGUGGACGGGAAGCGCCUGGCGGCGUUGGGCUACUGCUUCGGAGGGAGGGCCGUGCUGGACCUCGCCAGAGCUGGCUCGGAAGCCGGGAUCGCUGCCGCUGUCUCAUUCCAUGGCAUCCUGGACAAUGGAGUGGUGACAAGUGGAGAUAUGUCACACGAGGACGCGCCCCGGGUGCUGAUAUGCCACGGGGACGCGGAUCCCUUCGUGAGCGUUGAAGGCUUGAGGGCGUGUGAGGAACAGCUGCGGGAGAGUGGAGCCCGCUGGGACAUGCUGGUCUUUGGCAAGGUUCGCCAUGGCUUCACGAAUCCUGCGCAGGCGCUGAACACAAACCCAGCCUUCGGCUACGACGAAAGGGCGGCCCGCCUAUCCUGGAAGGCUACACAGGAGACCUUUUGGAGGAAGUGCUGCUGCCGUGAGCCAAUGCGGAGAGUCAGUGACCGGACAAAAUUGCCUGGCGGCUUGUUGCGGGGUAAAGUACACUUCCGGGUCUCUAUUUCUCUUUGUUAGCGAGGCGUCGGCGUUCUCGG